AUGACGAUAUUUCCGUUGCUACUCGUUGCAAUUGUCUUACAAGUCGAUAUACAUGCGUUAGAAUGUCCUCCAAAAAGAUCAUCAAUUCAGCGUCUUUUAGAUGAAGCUUUCAUUCCCGGAGCUGCGUUGAUAGUGGUCAAUUCGACUAAUAUUAUUUAUGAACAAGGCAUUGGUUAUCAUACACCUCCAAUAUUCACCAAUCGGCGGCCUAUCGAUCCUUCAACGUCAAUUUUUCUCUUAGCAUCAAUUUCCAAAACAUUUGUCGGGGUCGCAGCGAUGCAAAUGGUUGAAUCCAGCCGUUUGAAGCUUGACAUAGACAUUAAUCAGUACCUUCCAUCGGAAAUGAGAGUUAUUCAUCCACAUUAUCCAAAUAAAACAAUCACCAUGCGAAAUUUACUUUCACAUUCUUCUGGUAUAAGACAAAAUAUCGAAGAGGAAUACAAACUUUACGUUCCAGGCGAUGAUUUUGCAAAGAGAAAUCUUGGUGAUGUGAUAAAGAUGUAUCUAAGCCAUGAAACAAGUUGGCUGCCUGUGCCACCAGGUAAUUUAACAUAUUACUCAAAUAUAGGCACGGGUUUAGCUGCACAUAUAAUCGAGCGUUUAGCGGGUAUAUCUUUUGAAGAAUAUGUUCGAGAGAAAAUCUUAGAACCAUUGGAUAUUGAUAUAAACAAUGCGGGUUAUCGAUUAAGCAUAUUUGAAAAUAACCAAAUCAACCUUGUUGAACAUUAUAUCUAUAAUGCAUCUUGGUUCGACUCGUUCCAACAAAUGACACAAAGUUAUAACUUCUCUCGAGUCGAGAAUUCAUCCGAUUGGUUCCAGGCUCCACCGUUUAGUUUUACUAUUUAUCCAGCUGGUAUGUUACGUAUGUCGGCACGUUCACUUAGUCAAUUUCUUCGAUCAUUUCUGAAUAAUUUUCGCACUAUCCUGCAUCAGCCUCAUUCAAUUCAUGAAAUGCUUUCGAUUUCUCCUCAGAUGAGCUACGUGAACAUGUCCGAUGUGGAAUUCAGUCUCGGAUGGUAUUGGCAAACAUUUCGUGGACGCCGUUUUAUUGGACAUGAUGGCUCGUUGCCUGGCGUGCGAACGUCAAUGAUGGCUAACGAAAAACGAAAUUUAGGAGUGAUCAUUUUAACAAAUGGAGAUAUUAUUCAAAAUGAUCACCAUGCUGAGAAAGUCAAAGCUACAAUCGUUGAUUUGAUGAUGGAUUUAUACGACUGUUACGAGCCAAAGAUAAGUAUUGCUUUUCAUCCACACGUGUAUGUCAUUUACAUCUGGUGGAUGCUCAUCAUCCUUUGCUUUCUCAAAUAA